AGACGACUUUAAAAUUUUUAUUUAGUUAUUUCUUUCUGACUGUGCUGGGUCUCUGUUGCUGUGCACAGGCUUUCUGUAGUUGCAACAAGCAGGGACUGUCUUCUUUGCGGUGUGCGGACUUUUCAUUGCAGUGGAUUCUCUUGUUGUGGAACACAGGCUCUAGGGCAUGUGGGCUCAGUAGUUGUGGCUCACGGGUUUAGUUGCCCUGGGGCAUGUGGGAUCUUCCCAGGCUAGGGAUCAAACCCAUGUCUCUUGCUUUGGCAAGUGGACUCUCAACCACUGGACCACCAGGGAAGUGCCAAAGGCAAUUUUUUAAACGGACUGCCAACUUGAUGGGUAAGGAACUGUGGAGAAAUUUACAUUUUGGGGGGAGGGGGAGUCAGGGAAGAUUAUGAAUUGAGUCUGGGACAAGUGACACUGGAGGUGCCUCUGAGACGCCUGCAGGGAGAAGGUGGACUGCAAGUUGGCUAAGUGUGGAAUCUGAAGAAGAUUCCAAGCUGGGUGUGUGCAUCUGAGGAACAAAUCCAGGCAUAUACAUGGGGAAAUGGAAACCAUGGGUGUGGACAUGAGCAUUCAGGGAGAUAGUGUAGAGUGAGAGAGGAGAGCAUGGAUCAAGGCUUCUAGUAGACAACUUUUGAGGUUACAAAAAGGAAAGACGUUAAUUUCAUUCAAAAACAAUUUUUGGGAAUAGAGCUGUGAACAUGUAGCUUCAUAAGAACUAAAAUGGCCAACGUAAUGAGGCAGAAAGUACACAGUACUAACAAAGGGGAAAUGUUUGAAAGAGAAUGGCUUGUUCAGUGUGGGCAUUCAUGUUGACUUGCCUGCCUCUCAAAAUUUCUGUGAAAGCAGGGUGAUUUCAACUGACUCUUUGGAGAGAAAACCAUUAAGGAGAAACAGAACGGGGGCUCAUAGCAAUCCAGGGCCUUCUUACUUCAGAAUCUUAGACUCAACUGGGCUUCCUCAAAGAUCCCCUCCAACAGGUUAGCACCUCUUGGCUUGUUUCUAAAAUGACUUUAAAGAGGAAAGCUAAAAUUAGCAAAUGUGUUGGGUUAAAUGUAGUCCUUAAGAAUGUGAACAAGGAAGAAGCCUAGACAACCCUAUUUGAAAGCUGCAAUGGCAGCAAGGAGGAAGUGACCACUGGUCAUGAGGCCUGGGUCACUCCCUCUCCCAUCUCCCAAGAUGGUAUAUAAAGGCCUCGCCAGCAGAAAGCAGCAUCAGAACUCCCUGCCCUCCUGAGUCUCCCUCCUCACCUCUCCUGAGUCCUCUCUACUGACACCAUGGGCUGCUGUGGUUGUGGAAGUUGUGGUGGCUGUGGCGGUGGCUGCGGCGGUGGCUGCGGCGGUGGCUGCGGCGGUGGCUGCGGCAGCUGCACCAGCUGCAGAUGCUACCGCGUGGGCUGCUGCACCAGCUGCUGCCCCUGCUGCUAUGGCUGCUGCGGGGGCUGCUGCAGCGUCCCCGUGGUCUGCUGCCACCGCCGCACCUGCAGCUGCAACUCGUGUGGCUGCGGCGGUGGGAAGGGCUGUUGCCAGCAGAAGAGCUGCUGCCAGAAGAAGUGCAGCUGCCAGAAGCAAUGUUGCCACUAGGCAGGCUGCUCUUUGCGUGCUGCUGGUACCCAUUCUGUUAGUAAAGCUUCCAUCCUUCUCACCCAUUUUUCCUCUACUCUAUGGUCCUGGACCCUCUUCCUGGCUUUCUUUGGUACCACAAAUCCCUCCAUCUGGAAAGUUUCCCAACUAAAAGGAAACAUCUAAUGGAAAAAUUCUGUGUGCAGCCCAGCGCCUGAGUGAUUGUGCACAUCAGUAAACUCAGCUGAAUGAAAUCUUGAUUCCUAAUGUUUGGUUUGAUGGAUAUGAAUACAUCCAGCUGAAUACCACCAUUCAGCUCAUUCCUUGAUAUACUUUUCCCUGUUUGCAGGCAUGGUUUUCUUUUUCCCUUUCUUAUUCUUAGUUAUCCCAUAAUGUUGUCCAAAUUUCCUAAUAAAAUAAAAACUAGAUACUCAUAAGAAAGCAGUCUUUUUGUUUUCAUUGUGUUCUGAAUCCUGGUUUGUCUGUUCUGAAACUUCAGAGACUUUAUCUUGAACAAAGCCUUUAACUCCCUCGCAGUGGCAGCAUAGCAAACAAAGGUCAUAUAAGAAGCUCUGCCAGGUCCAGAGGGACCAACCUUUCUUCCCAGUGAAACAUCACUUUGCCUCCGUGACCCCUCCCUCCCUUACACCCCGUGUGUUGACUCCUUUGUUUUAUUGAUGCAGCACAAUGUGGCCCAUCAGCAGCUGCUCUGAAAGCUGAGCAUGGCCAUUCUCUUCAGGACCCAAACACAGAAUUCAGUGGUGGGAAUAAGACUAUCUGAGCUUUUGAUGAAUUCUGUUACUGAUAUAUUCGAUCUUUUUCUUUGCCUCUUCCUGUUCUUCGUGUGUGAUGUUUUCUUUUCUCAUUUUUUUUUUUCAGCACACUGCAACAUUCAAUAAAAACACACUGAAAUAUUUAAAAAUAAAACACAUUAAAUUGCCACAAACUCUCCCAAUGCCUCUAUCUUCUCAAUUAUCUUUAGCAAAAGUAAUAAGUGAAAUGAAGGAAAGGAAGGAUGAAAGGCCAUCAAGGGGAAAGGAAGCUUUCAAUGUAUUUUUCCAGGAGGAAGUCUUUUCUUCCACUGCUUAAAUUUCAUUUAAGCGCAACAGGAUAACUGCUUUUUUUCCCCUUCCCUUUUCUAUUCCCUUCUUUCUCUCCCCUCCCCCUUUACCUGCUUUUCCUUUCCUUUUU